AUGGGUAGUGUGAAUUACUCAAAAGGUUCCUGGCUACAAAGAUUUGCAAAUGGGAAACCUGUGAGAAAACCCAAGCAGCAAGAGCCUUGGAAGGCAGUAGCUGAUCAAAGCCGAGACAUCAUUGCUUCUGCUCAGUGCAUCUUGGACAGAGAAAAAUUUGUGAGGGAGCUGGACAGAUAUUUGAAGCAGAAUGAUUUCCUAGAUCUGAGAAAGACAGAGCUUCUGUACAAAAAAUAUCUUGAUAAUGUUUCAGAGCCACUUAUGCAAAAAAUGAAGAAAAAAAUGGACAGCCAGUCAGAGAAAGAAGUGUGGAAAAGGAGACAAGAACAAUUCUCUCAAUAUUUAAACUACUUUACAAAGAAGGGUUAUGUGUUUUUGGAUGAUUAUGACCCAUCAGAGUAUGAUCCAUUCUUCCAGAAGACGUGCACAGACUGCUGGAAGGUGACGAGGAACUCAUCAACUAGCACAAUGACAGAGAGAGCCAAUGAUGUCACCUGUGCUCCAGCUGACCACAGCCAUCAAAGGUACCCUUUACACAAUUAAGUUACAUGCACUGCCAAAGCAAGUGAGAGCAGGCCAGGCAGGUCUUUG